CGCGGCCCCUCCGUGUUGUCCGCCGAGGGCGCGCCUCCAGCGCAGACAUGGCCAAGUGGGGCCAGGGGGACCCGCGCUGGAUCGUGGAGGAGAGGGAGGACGGGACCAACGUGAACAACUGGCACUGGACAGAGCGGGAUGCCACCAGCUGGUCCAAAGGGAAGCUCUGCGAGUUCCUGGUGGGCAUCGUCGUGGAGAAUGAGGCUGGUCGUUGCCAGAUCAGUGAGCUGAAGCAGGUGGAAGGUGAAGCUUCCUGCAGCAGCCGCAAAGGAAAGCUGAUUUUCUUCUAUGAGUGGAACAUCAAACUGGGCUGGAAAGGUGUAAUGAAAGAAUCUGGUGCAAAACACAAGGGAUUGAUUGAAAUACCCAACCUUUCUGAAGAAAAUGAAGUAGAUGACACUGAGGUGAACGUGAGUAAAAAGAAAGGAGAUGGGGAUAUACUGAAGGAUCUUAUGAAAACUGCGGGCACUGCCAAGGUCAGGGAAGCCCUUGGAGACUACCUGAAGGCACUUAAAACGGAAUUUACAAUAGGAAUGAUUCUGCCAACGAAAGCUACAGCAGCCCAGGAAUUGACUAUUAAAAGGAAGCUGAGUGAGAAUACCUUGCAGAUCCAGGCACCACUGGGUGUAAGGAUUCCCACCGUGGCGCUGCACAUGACAGAGCUGUUCGACACAGCGGCAGAGCGGCUGUACAGUAUCUUCACUGUGAAAGAAUUGGUGCAAAAAUUUUCUAAAUCCCCUGCCACAUUAGAAGCUGAAAAGGGAGGAAAAUUCCAAAUGUUUGAUGGGAAUGUCACCGGUGAAUAUAUAGAACUGAUAACAAAUGAAAAGAUCGUCAUGAAAUGGAGAUGUAGGAACUGGCCAGAAGAACACUAUGCAACAGUUGUACUGAAUUUUGUGCCCACUCCAGGGCAAACGGAAUUACAGCUGGACUGUAAAGGAGUUCCUGUCUGUAAAGAAGAGAACAUGAAAUUCUGUUGGCAGAAGCAGCAUUUUGAAGAAAUUAAAGGUUUACUGCAGCUGACCACCCUAAAUGGUUGAAUUAGAAGAUUUUAAGGGCAUUACAUUUUGUAAGCAGUAAAAGUGUCAUUACAUCUUCCCUAUAAUUUCUUUUAAAAAAGAAAACUCUUAAUUUAUAUUGGAUGAAAUCCAAGAACUUUUACAUAAUUUAAAGCAUUGUUUGCAUCCUAACCACAAUUUAGAAGCAGCAAGCAACCUGACAUUAAGUAUUGAACCUUACCUCAUAGAUGCUCCUCUGGGAAUAGAUUGAAGCCCUGAUCCGAGUACAGAUAAUUGCAAGUUUCCCAACCUAAAGCUUGUCCUUAUAGCAGGCUUAUUUCAGCUGUAGUUUUAGUUCAGGAAGACAAGAGUAAGUGGCAUGUUGAUAGCAUUCCUUUAUUUACUUCAGGGUUUUUAA